GAAUCACAAUCUUGAAUACGAACAAAGAAGCACUUCGCUUUCUUCGAUCAAUCAUCAACUUCUCGCAAAGAUCCAGCUGAGAAACGGAGAAAUCAAAGAAAAGCAAGGUAAAUUCCCAAGAACUUCGGUAAGAGCAGUGCUUCCAGAUCGACUUUUUCUGCCAAUAUAACGUUUUGGAUCUUAUUCGUGUCUAAACGUAACUGUCAUUGUUGGCUUAGCUUCGGUUUCAUACACGGGCUCUAGCUUGUUUACUGGAUCGCUUUUGAGCAUAAUAAUACACUUGACUUCAACACAUGUAAACUUUUCAGGAAAAGGUGUUACAAUCUCAUGACUGUCCGGUGAUUCUGUCCGGUGAUUCUGGGAUGUUUAUGCUACACUCGGCAUAAUUUCCGGGCCCGCGUGAGUUCAAUCGGCAACUCGGAAUCAAAAGAACAGCUUUUAUUACAUGCAUGUCUUCCAGCGCCGAAUAUGCAAAUUUUUCACGUCGAUAUAGAGCUACUCCGCUCAUAACUCGCAUCUGUUUCGUGUAUAGCUUAUUGAAAUGACUCUUGAUUUUUCUUAGCUCUUUGAGGUUCAUCUGACUUUAUGGCAGACCCUAGGUCUAGCCUCAUGACCAAGGCAGUCUGCGGUAUCUCUCCGAAGACACCCAACCAGACAGUGUUUUCAGAGACAGGAAACCUGCCGUUACAGAUCACUCCGCUAGAAUCAAUAGAAACUGAAAGAGAUCCUGAAACUCCGCAUAAAGUAAGAAUAAUUAGAAUAUGUUAAACUUCAUAAAUAAUGAGUUUAAUGAGCGUGGCGGAUGUUUAUGUACAUGCAUGACUCUUCGAACCGUUGCUGCGGAGGUAAAAAAAUAUAUGUAUAUAUUGUUGAAAAUUUGGGACCACUGCAUCUAUCUUUUGUUUGUACGCUAGGAGCAUCUGGUUUAACUUCAUCCCUUAUUUAAACUUUCGUUUAUUUCUUCUUUUAACAUCAUCCUCAAAUAGUAGGUUGAGUCAGAGGUGGAAAUACAAAAAAAAACGAAAUAAUAAUAAUAAUAAUAAUAAUAAUAAUAAUAAUAAUAAUAAUAAUAAUAAUAAUAAUAAUAAUAAUAAUAAUAAUAAUAAUAAUGAUAUACUACUACUACUACUACUACUACUACUACUACUACUACUACUACUACUAAUAAAUAUCCACUACUAGCACUAGCUACUGACACUAAAGUGAAUUCAUUGUAAUACCAAAACAGUGAGUUAAUUGAGCUCAAAAAUGAUAUUGCUGCGAACCAUAACAAUUUUGUGUGCAAAUGACUGAAGUUACUGCUGCCAUGCUGUCUUGCCAACAAAUAAAACUUUUUGAAGGCAUUUUUUUAGAUCUUGUGGAGACAUUAAUUUGUUCAAAAAGAUUUGCAAAAUUAAUAUUAUUCCUGUAUUUGUAACCAUUCUGUACAAAAACCCAUUUAACUUUGUUUUCAGCUGAUUUAUCCACGUGUCAGCUAAAUAAAGUAACGCAAGACAAAAUUUGCAUUUGUAAGCAAAAAAACUUUCUCAGCGGUUUCACCAAUAAGUUCAGGUUUGCGGUUUCUGUUAAACAGACAAAGCUUUACCUGUAAAAACUUCCAAACCAAAUUUUGUUGCUUUCUUUGUGUUUUUUUCGGAUACAGCUUCUUAGAUUAUUUGUCAAAUUUCUUCGUUUGUUUUGGCAACAAACCAGAAAGAUAUGGCCAAUUUCUAUUCUUCUUCAAACACGUUUUGCAACCAAGGGUUGCUGAGAUUCUUAUGUAGUAAAUAAUAAUAAUUUAUCCCCCAAAAAUUGUAUGAACGAAAUUACCGCAGAUUAUGGUUAAGGUUGAAAAAAUUGGCAUGCAUGCAGUUAGUUGCAACUUUUUCGAACAGAGGUUCAGUAUCAUUUACUGCACUUGUUUCUUUCAGGAUCCUACCUUGAAAAAGAAAUCAGGAAAACUUGUAUCAAAACGAAAGCUUUUUCUUCAGAAUGGUCAGAGUCUACAGAUAAACAAAGGUAUUCCAUGAUUCAUUGUCAUGCACGCAUGUAUGUAAAAUGUAAGAUCCAGCUGUAUACAGGGUUUGCACGCACCUUGAAAGUCCUUGACAAUGGCAGUUGUUGCUGGAAAAUCUCGGUGCUAACUUUAUCCAACCCAAAGGAAAAGGAGCAAGACCUUCAGGAUAAAAUUGCUCAUGCUGUGGAUUGAACUAAAAAAGACUUGGGCUCUUUUUUGCACUGAAUGGAGUCCUUCAAAAAUGGGAAAUGUGCCCUUGAAAAUCAUUGCAAAGUCCUUGAAUUUUUGUUUAGAAUAGGGUACAAACCCCAUGUAUGCUCAGUCAUUUAGGAGCUAUUGAGCAAGGCAGUAGGGGAGGGGGUAGGUGAUUUGUUGAACUUGCACUGUACACUGUACACUGUCAGAAGUAUAUUGUCAGUGAGGCAGUGAAAGCAUUGGUUUGAAAUUCUAAAACUGAUCUUUGUUUGAUAUCAAUUUUAGAGAUUUCAGACUGGUCAAAGUUGGCCAUUUUCAAGGGAGUUAGCAAAUUGGUACCAUCAGCGUGGAUUUUGUUAUUGAGCUAGUGAAUUCAGCCUCUAACUUUCCCAACAGGCAGGCGGUGUAAUUUAAGGAAUUAAAAUUACACAUGUACAGUUCGAGAACUGUAAUCAAUACUGCUCAUCCAAAAAAAAUUGUUGGGGCUAUUUUAAGUGACUCUUGGGCUAGCACAUGCUACAACUGGCAACAAAAUUGUUGAAACAUUGCAGUCAAAUAGGUUAACUUAAGAGAACAAAACAAUCCACACCCUUUCUAUCUCCCGUUCUUUCAAAGCUGGGGUGUUUGUUGUUUUCUACAAGUAGCUCGAACAGCGGCACAACAUUGCAUGGAGGAACGGGAUAGGGAAAACUUUAUUUUCUCCUUUUAGAUUCAGUAAAACAUCAGAAAAGCCCUUUAAGGCAAAGUGUCUCAACUAAUCUUGUCGCUGAUUGUAGCUAAAGCUUGAUCAAAUGGCAAGCUGUAAAACUGACCAUUUUUUUUUUCACAUUGACCAAGACUGGUAUACGGAACUUGAAAAAAUAUCUGUCCUGUUGCCCAACUAGUUUUUCCAGCAAUACAAAUACAUGUUACUUGGCCAAUCAAUGAGGUCAAGGCAAGUUGUCUUCUAACUUCUUCCAAAAAAAUGUUUAAAUUUUUUUUUGUAUAAUACCAUAGGCUAUGUGAUUUGAAGAUCUCUGAAGUGGAGAUCCUAAGUUGAAGUUCAAUGGAGGAACCUUACCUUUUGUUUUUAUUUUUUUUUAUGUUGGUUGGUUUGUUUGCACCGUUUCUUUUUUAUUGUGCCCCCCCCUCCCCACCCCAACCUCUCCUACACCUUUUUCUUUCACAUUCCAGAAAGACUAUAUGUACAUUCAAUACCACCCCUCCCCACUUAAAUGUAAGAUCUUGCUAAGCGUGCCCCCCCCAAUAAUAAUAAAAAAUUCAUGAAGAACUGAAGAUGCAGCAAAAAAAGUAGAAGAAGGCAGAAUAUAAGGAAUUCAAUAACAGAACUUCAAAGUCCUUUUAUAAUUAGAGCAAACAGGAGUUUGAGAGCAACCACAAACUGAAUUGAGUUUUUCCUGACAGAUAUGUUCUAGUUUUAUUACUUUACUAUUACUUUAUCCUUCCAAGUGGAGCAUUUGGAACAUGUACCAUACUUUAGUGAUCAAAUUCAUGUGCAGCAACUUGAUCAAAAUAAGGCACAAUGGGCCAUUUGCACGAUGACGUCUCUUUACUACUAAGAAUUAAUUCGUUUUUCCUGUCAUCUUUAAAUUUGGUAGUCCCAGUGACAGGAGUGUAAGUAAGAAAAGCGUUAAUUUGCACAAGAAAAUAAUACCCUGGAGGAUUCUGGUUGUAGUAGUUAAAUGACGCCAUCCUUCAAAUGGCCUAUAUCUAUUCUGCACAUUCUUAUUCACAUUCCUGUUUGACCACACAAUGAUUCCCCUGGCCUCAGUCAAAACAGUGGUUAGAGUGUCUCAACUGCAGUCUGGUUUUUCCUUUUUUUUCUUCCAGACCCUUCCCUGUAACACCCUCAAAUUAACUUGAAAAAAAAAAAAAUUCCCAUAAGGGCUUUGUAUAGUAUUUAUGGCAAUAUCCCUGGUAAGCAGCUACCCCUUCCAUAGUGAAACACUCAUGGUUAAGGGGAGGGAAAUGAAGUACGGAUAACAAGCAAAUCCCAAAUGUGCCCAUGUGAUAUCAAGAAGCUAUAGCAAAGUUGCCUGCAAAGUGGGUGAGUGGGAUACAUUAAACUUAACUCUCUCUGAUAUUGGACACCAUCCAUGUUAGGGAGGUGUAUUUUUGAUAAAGAGUUAUGUUAUAGUUGUAAAAAGGCCAAAAAUGGUAGGGAAGGUACUAAACAGGGUGUACAUCUUUCCCAUAAAGGUACUGUACAUGCUAAAAAAGAGUUGAUUAUACUGACGGAUAAAGGGUCGUCAGUCUAGAACAGCAUCACACUCACUGUGUACUGUUUUACUGUUUCUUUACAGCUAAGAAGUACAAUGCAUCCAAGACUGCAAAUGUACAACCUCAAGGAGAACCAGGCUCCAAAGCCAACUAUCCUCUCACAGAACGUCAGCAAUUACAAUAUCUCCUUGAAGUAACAGCCAAAGAGGUGAGGCAAGAUUUUGAAUCCAGCAACUGUGAUGAUUUGCCUAGUAAUAGCAGCAAAACAAAGAAGAGAAACAUUGCCAAGGAUAAUCAGAUUGAGGCUCGCAUCAGGAAGAGGAAUGAGCGUGGCGAGACAUCAUUGCAUGUUGCUGCCAUAAAAGGUGACUUGGAGGAUGUAGUAGCCCUGAUUAAAGCUGGUGCUGCUGUCAAUGCGAAAGACAAUGCUGGUAAGAAAAAAAAAUACAGAAGAUUUUUGCUAACCUUGUCUCUCUCUUCUCUCCUACUCAUCCCCUGGAGCAAGAAAGGGUAUGGGUAGGGGACGUAGGGCUUGAAAAAAAAUCUUGAAUUCCUCCUUGCCCUUUGGGCAAGCAGCUCUAACAUUUUGCAUGCCCAGGCCUACUUCUUGCCCACCUAAGGGUGCAUUCCUUUGGGAUGAUCUGUAUCAGGAUCAGUGAUCUGUGAUCGACCGGAUCGUGAUAGAUCAAAAGAACCGAUGAAUCCUUGUCCAGAGUGGAUUCAUCGGUUCAUUUAAUCUACCAUGGUCAAAGUGAUCUCGGAUCCCUGUUCUUGAUCCGGAUCAUCUCAAAGGAAUACACCCUAAGUUAAUGAUUUUAUUAGAGGAUGGCUUGCCUGUAUUCUGCCCAUUGAGCAAGUAAGCUUUAAAAGUUGCUUGCCCAGUAAGAAAAUACACUUGUUGUAGACUACCGGAUGGGCCUUUUUUUCGAGCCAUGGUGAGAGGACCUUGGGAAUUAGGGUGGAUUUCUCCAUGAAAACACGGUUCAUACAGUCGUGAAAAGUCCUUGAAUUUUCUUUAACUUUAAAUGUACAGUGUAGUGGCCCGGAAAAUGUUUUUUUAAUGCUUUGUGGUUGUUCAAGACAGAAUACAUUGUAUAAAUCAAAGCUCAAAGAAGUUAAUGGCGAUACACAUAAAGUGUUUCUUUUUGGUUUUUGCAGGAAUUAUAAUUUUAACUAUAAAUUUAAGACAAAUGAACUGAAAAGUGUAGAGAAGUUGGUGGAGCAAACAAUUCAAGCCUUAAAGUCCUGUUAGAAGGGGCUGGGAAUGUGCAUUUUUGUGCAAUCUAUGAAAUUAUAUUCCUGGUCGGUAGUCCUUGAAAAUCUAAUGUGAUCCUUGAAAAGACAAAAUGACUGGCAAUUGUUUGGGGGUGAUAUAGUUUUCUUUUUGAGAACACACUAAGAAUGAAAGUAGUUUUUGUUUUGACCAUUUCCAAUUUUGCUCAAGCCUCUGAGCAACAUUAAAUUUUCCUUGAAUGUCAUGAGUUGGUUAUGCAAAAAACAAUAAUAAUAAAUUAAAUAGACAAUAAUAAUAAUAAUAAAUGGUACGAACACGAACCAGAGACCGUGACACACAAUAAAGAUAACAACAUCACCAUCAUGUGGGACAUGCCAGUCAAUACUGAUAGAACUAUAACAGCGAACAGACCAGAUAUCAUUGUUAAAGAUUCAGUGAAUUCCACCUGCAAACUUAUUGAUAUGACUGUUCCAUCAGAUAGAAACAUCGCACUGAAGGAAACUGAAAAAAAAUGCAAGUACAAAGACCAGAAAACAUCAAGAAAGUAUCAGAGAGAGCUACUAUGACAGAGAUUCAAAAGAUCUGCAUGCUGGGAUCUGCACGAAUCCUUAGAAAGGUGCUCAGUGUAUGAACAGAAUGAUUGACUUGAGUGACUGACGUUCUAGGUGCAUGGUUUGCGCCCGGCUGAUGCACAAAAAGAACACCAGCAAAGACUGUGAUAAUAGAGACCAUAAUAAUAAUAAUAAUAACAAUAUCAACAACAAGCAAUAAGCAGUUUGCCAAAUUAUUGAAGUAGCUGUACAACGGGAUGCCUAUUGUUAUCAGGGCACUUAGUAGUUCAAUUAUCUUAUGAUACAAUGUAUUUGUUGUUAACAUAUACUUUAGAGGACUUCCUGAAAGCCAUCUUUAGAUAUGGUGGCCUCCUUCUAAAAGAUUUAUUUUACUUUUAUUGUUAAUCAUUAUCAUUUUUUAAAUUAUUUUGCUUAUUCAGACACUUUGGUGCUUCGGACACUUCGUCGUUGCUGUAUAGUAACUUAAUUCCACCAUUAUUACUCAGCCUACAAAGAAAGUAGUGUCCAAUAGCCCGGGGCUAGUGAAUUUUGCUAUCGGGCUAGUGAAUUCUGUUAUUAACUUGCCCAACACACUGGUGAAGUUUUUUGAGGAAUUCAAAUUACAGAAGAACUAUGAAAUUAAUCUGCUCAUCAAAACGUUUUUGGGGCUAGUUGAAAUGAUGUUUGGGCUAGUAAAUGUUAGCUUCAGCCUGCCCCAAUUGGAAGCUGUAAGAAUGAGUUUCUUUGCACCCUGUUACUAAAAAUAAGUGUGGUAACCUUUUUAAACAAGAAAAGAUAAGAACUAGUUUAUUUCAUUUUCUUCUUUUUUUUUUCAUUAUUUCAAAGGGUGGACACCUCUUCAUGAAGCCUGUAACUAUGGUAACCUCAGAAUUGUACAGGAAUUAGUGUGGUCAGGUGCUGAUGUUAGUAUUCCAGGAUAUGAAGCCAUCACUCCUUUACAUGAUGCUGUCAUCAAUGAUCAUACCCAGGUUUGCUUACAAUGUGCAUUGUUGUUUCACCCCAUGAAAGGAAUCCAAGACAUGCAGUUUUAGAUUCUGGAUUCCAUGCCAUGGAUUCCAGACUCCAGGUACUGGAUUCCAGUCUUUGUAAAUGGAACUUGGAUUCUGGAUUCCAAAACACAGGAUUCCAGAUUCUGCAAGCAAAAUUUUUCUGAGUUCUGUUUUAAAUUUUUCUGAAAUGCUUUGGUUUUUAUAUUUAGACAUGUAUUGUUAAUAGGUUAUGUUUUGAGGUUCUGCUGGCAAUGUAACUUCCACCAUUCCUAAUUGGAUUGUCAGCAUGAGCAGGGGUUUCAAUAAAAAUUGAAGUAGCUAGCAGGUUUCAAUUGAAUAGAGUAACCGACCGUAUCGACAAGGGACCGUUAGUCCCUUUUUUCUAGGAGAGGGGAGGGGGGUCUGUGGGCGUGCUUCCCCAGAAAAGUUUGAAAUUUCAAAGCCCUAAAAUGCGAUUUUCGGCGUUCUGGGGACUCAAUUGAGGACAAGAGAGUACAUUCAAUUUUUUCAUUCAAGAAAAUGUAGCUUUCGUGCAACUUUCGAUUUAUCAGUCUCACAAUCAAUUCGGACAAUUCCUACCGGCAAUGAACAAAUGAAACUAAAUUACAUACUUUUCCGUGUAAACAAAUGCUGCGUAAACCUAUAAAGAAACUUGUGAAAAAUUGACUGAAAUACCGUAAAAUUCCGAAAAUAAGCCCAUCCAUGUAUAAGCCCCUCCAAAUAUAAGCCCCCCCAAACUCGUAACGCAAAAAACCCUCCGUUAAAUGGCACCUCCAAAUAUAAGCCCCCCGGGGGCUUGUACUUGGAAAUUGCCCUCAAAUACAAAGUAAAACAAAGCAAAAACGGUAAAUUUUCUUCCAACUAUAAGGCUAAUCCAAUCGAUUUUGAGACGCAAAUUUCCUUCCGUAGGUAAGCCUCUCCGAAUAUAAGCCCCUCCAAAAAUAAGCCCCUCAAAAAGGGCCUUUGAAAAAUAUUAGCCCCGGGGCUUAUUUUCGGGAUUUUACGGUAUAGCGUUCACAUGGCUAAAGCAUAACGUAAAACCACUCGGCCUUUAUGAAAACACGUCAUAACUACGUUUUCAUUCAGGUGUUAUGGUUUAUUUUUUGUUUACAACGUUAUUCAAACUAGUUGCUUCUUCUUUCCAAAAAGUAACCGACUUCUAUCAGCAAAGUAGCUGACGUGUUUUGUCGGCCGUCGGUGCUUAUUGAAACCUGUGCUUUGGGAUUGGCAAUUUGAAAAGGUAACUCCAGAAAGAAACAACUUAUGUAGUUGAUGUUCAAUUUUCCGUUCACAGGUUGUCAAGUUUCUUUUAGACAAUGGAGCAGAUCCAAAGAUGCAAACAUCCCACAAUUACAGCACCUUGGACCUGGCAAGAUCUGCAGAAGUUCGAAGCCUCUUAAGUUCGGAGCAAGGCACAAAGGAUUCUGAGACGACAAGGCUUCAAGAUUACCAUUAUCCACUGCCACAAGCCAAGGAAGUGGGCAAAGUGUCCGAAGAACAGUUUCAUGGAGAAAACAGGCCUUUAUUCCAAGAAAGCGUGUACAAUGAAACAUUUAAUAACUUUUUACCAGUUCAUGUAGAUGAAAGCAAUUUAUCCAAAGUCAUUCCUACUGAAGUUUCUCCUGAUAAAGAAACACUUACAUUUGUAAAACCGCGAGAUAGUGAAGUUAGUACUGAAAGUCAUUGGGAGGGAAAAGGUUUCACUGUAACGAAUCUGCAAGAAACUAGUCAACGUGAAAACAAAGGUGUUUUUGUUGUUGACAACAAAGAACCUUUAAGUCGCAAAGAAGCAGCCUCCAUUAUGCAGGUGUCAUUGAGAGAAACUGAAGAAGAGAGCACUGGUGUCAAUGGAGAUGGCGUGGCUUUGCUUUUUCAGCAAACACAGAUUUGCAGCAUGAAUUCUGAUGAGCUGAAGCUGAAUGGAAACACUGAAGUUGUAAACAGCAAGAACGUCACCAUGGCAACAUGUGUGAGUGGUUUACAAUCACAUAAUGUCGUCAGGGACACAGCAUCUGCCUUUACUGUUCCAAACACUUUUGAAGAAUCCAUUGCAACUGAAACACUUAUUCGGCUUCACGCGGGGAAAAGUUUUUCUACAGCACCUGGUCUCCCUGUGACUCAAGAGGUUGAAGAAGAUACACCAGCCCCUGAAAAAUUAAAUGAGUGCCUUGACAAGGCAAUCAUUGAGAUUUCCUCGUAUUUGGAAACCAGCAAAGAAAUACCUUAUUCUACUGACAAGAUUCUCAAACAGACUAGUACUAUGCCGACAGGAAACGAACCAACUUACACUGAAACAAGCCAAAGUAGUGAUUUGGAUGCUUCAGUGAAAGUUCCCGAAGAGAGCCCUCAAGCUCACCAUAUCCAUCGUCUUGGAUAUGAGCAACAUGCUACAAAUGCUUUGUCAAGUGAAGCUGCUAAGAAAUCUAAAGAAAAUGUUGCAGACAAUUCAUUUGAACAACAGUCAGUUGCAAAUUUCACAAGGAUAAAGCCAAGAAACGAAAAAAGAAAAGAGGUUAGUGGUGUCGAGAAAAACAUCAAGUCCAGCCGGAGAAAAAGAACAUCAACAAGGUCUUCUGAAAGCAAUCCUAGCUCAUCAGUUAAGGAAGAAUGUACAAGUCACAUCGCAAAUCCGAGUUGGAGAUCAGAGCUAGCUAAAUACAAGUAUAGCUGGCCAACGAUGCAACUGUGUGUUCCUGGCUAUGAGGAUUUCCUUAUAAACAGCAAGAACUGCCACAGAACAAAGAUUUCUUCAAAUGAGGUUAGUUGCUCCUUAUGUUUAUUCCAGAAAUGAAUCGGAAUUGGAUUGUAGAAUCCGUUCGCCGUUUCGCCUAAACUUCUGUUCGCUCGGUCUUAACUCGAUUCCCUCGAUGUGUAUUUGUGUUUUUCUCCAAACCUGAAGGAAUGGAAUAAACGUGGAAAUGUUGGAGAUUAAUAGCUUUUUGUAUUCAGGUGAUGUAUGUCAUUGGGCGAAUCUACGACUGGCGAAAUGACCACAACUGUCAUCAACUUGACGAAAUCGCAAUCCAAAAAAUCAGCCUGUCUAUAUUCUCCUGAUAGGCCCAAGAGACGUACGGGGAUGCGGCAAGACAAAAAAAAGAGCUCACAUCUUUCAAAAUGGUAGUUUCCUUUUUUUGUCUUAUCCUAGUACGUUUUUUGUGUCCCGGAGAAGCAAACAGGGCCCAUCUCACUUAACUCCGUCGCUUUUAAUCCAGUGUAAAACUAGCGGUAAAUUGUCAGACAUGCAGUCAGAAAGCUUACUAAAGUUUACUCAGCUAGAAGGGCGACCAUUUUUCCCAGGACAGCUUUUCUCCAUAUAAAAGGGGCUUUAGUAUCUUGUAUGCGUAAUUGACACUAUUAAGCCCCCCCCCCUCUCUAAUAAGCACUCCCCCUUUCCACAGGAGGAAAGUUAAUAAGCCACCGUCUCUAUUAAGUUCCCUUCCCCUCUCCUCCAUCCUUAUUCUUCACAAACAUUUAACGUGGACUGAUCAAUUAUGGUUUAUUCAGGCUGGAAGUUCAUAUUGUUUUUGGUCUUCAGCCGCGUGACCUCCAACUUCAUGUGCUUAACUUUUUCAACUUUACGCUCUAGUUCUCUGUGUAGGCUCCCACAAGUGAAUUAAAUACUGUUACCAGUGACUUAUAGAACACGUAAGUCUACCCUGUCUCUUACUACGGUAUUUUUGCUACCGGUGAUGCGUUUCGCUAAAUUAAAUAAGCGCCCCCCCCCCCCCAAAAAAAAAACUGCUUGAAAAAUAAAAGGCCCCCGGGGGGCUUAAUAGAGGAUUUAUGGUGCCUUUUGAAAGAAUGCGCAAUGUAAAUACUACACUGAAAAACGAUGAUGAUUUUUUUUUCAGCUCAACGAAAAAACGCCAAAAGAAAGACAGCUGGACCAGCUUGUCUCGCAGCACGACACGGAAAAGGUGAAAUUAUUGAUGAAUCGUGAAAAGGACGAUGCGUAAAAAUACCUCAGCCUGUUCCAGGUUCUUGUUCGCGCUUUAUUCAGCGGACCCGACUAUCUCGGAGCCUGCGGAGAGCAGACGUAUUUUCGGACGUCUGCUGUUCGCAGGCUAGCUAUCUCGGAGCCUGGAACAGGCUAGAAAAUAUUUGGCUGUUUUAUACGUUAGCAGCACGUACAAUGUACUAUGUAGUAGAAAUAAGGCGCGCUCAUAUUUCCUACAACCAUAACCUUGCAUGGUAUAAAACAGGUACCCUAAGCUCACGGGUGAGAAUCGUUGUUGCAUAACCAAGAAAUGUUAUGAGGGUUUGUAUGGAGAUUCAGCGAUCGUUAGGGGUCAAAAUUAGUUAUAGAAGUACAUCAGAAUUCCUUCCCUAGUCUAAAGUUAUGAUGUUUUCUUAGCAUUUUCCCGGGCGAUUCAAGCGAGUUUUAGUUCUGCCGUUGUUCGGUAACAGAGCUAAAACUUGCUGAAAUCGUCCUUUCUGUAUCGCGUGCAUCGUUUAUCCCGCGCCCCAUAUUUUUUAUACGUCAGCACGCAAGUUAAACAAUCCAUUUUUGGCAUCGCUUGUUCCUCAGGUUAAACUGCGCAUGACCCUAGAACAGGAGCUUGUUCGUUUGUUUGGGAACUUCACUCGAAAGAAAGCUGGAUACGCUGUACCAUACGGCGCAUGCACAGUGUUGACUUCGCAGAUGGGGUUGAAUGGAGUAAAGGUUCGUUAUAUUUGUUUUAUUUGUUAAAUGUUUGAAAUCAUAUUUAACUUGGUUCGUACAGGGUCUUGAAUUCUUGAAAACUCUUGAAAUUUGCAAAGCAAUUUUCCAGAUCUGGAGACAGGCUGGGAAAUAGAGAAAAAUUCUUGAAAAAUGGUAUAAAGGCUGGAUUUUUUGGUUAGUAAAUGAAGUUUUUUUCACCCUUAGUCAAACCUUAUUUAGUCUUCGUGCAGUGUGGUUGUUGCACGUUUGCAGUGCAUCAUAAAAAAAGCACAGUUCGAGCGUUUUUCAAGAUCUCUGUUGAUCACCUUUUUUGAUAAACUUGUGUCUGGAAAAGAAAUAUUUGUUUGAAAAAAUAAAAAGGCCUUGAUUUUGGAUUCAAAAAUCUGUACGAACUCUGUUAAAACUAUCGUGAGCAGCUACCUACUUGUAGUAAGGGCACUUCCUUUGUAGACAGCAUAUACCAUUUUUCAACCCUUUAAACCCUAAGAUCAAAUUUUAAAUUCUCAUCUGUUGCUCCUAUUCAUUUUCUACAUAAUUAAUUAGCAGAGGGAAAUGAUAAAAUAUCAAGCAAAUUCAUCUUGUGUGAUCAUGUCCGUAAUCCUCAUGGCAGAAAGAAAGUAUUGAUAUUACAAGGACAAAUUUGAUGCUGAUCACUCUUAGGGAUUAAUGGGUUGAGUGGUUUAUAUGUCCUUGCCUUACUUUUCAGAAAGCUAGGGUACAAGAGGAAGAACCUGCGUCAAUUAAAGCGGAAGUGGACAAGAUCCUGAGCAAAUUCAAGACGCUUAAGGUAUAUAAUAUUGUUUACUUUUGUCUGUCGCAUGGUGAGCUAAGUUUUCUUACCCUAAUAAUGCGUUCGAUGAUAGGGGAAGGCAGUUCAUAAUCUUAAGCAUCCUGUAUUAAUAAGCGGUGAUUUUUUUCUUCGUUGAACCUUUUCAUCGCUAUUUUGAAUCUUUGACCUAGUAACAUAUGGCCCUGUUUUUCUUCAAAACUUGCUUUUUAUAAUACCGUAACUGUACUAAUUUAAAAGGAGUUCUCUUUGUCAUGCUCAUGACUUUGACGGCGUAUGGCCUUAAGGAUUGGAUGACCCUUAAGGUGGACCUCCACUGUCGCAUAAUUAUGGACUUUACGACCAGACGACGCGACGGCAGCGAUAACGUCGCUUCAAAAUUGAACUUGCGUUCUUUCGGUCUUCAUCGCAAUUAUUCCAACUCACUUACGUGGUCAAAUGUAGGCGAACCCUCCUGGAGUUGAAUUUCUAAGAACCAUAUUCAAGUUUAGAGAGAGAAUAAAAUUUCGUCGUCGCUCGUUUACGUCCUUCCUAAAAAGUAAAAUCAGGCAAUUUCACGUCGUAGUCGUGCAAAAACGGCAAAGAAAUGUCCCAAAAAGUGAGAUGCUUGUGUAAAGCUGUUGUUUUGUCUUCUAAACCUAUUGUUAUUUUUGACGUUCUCUUUGCCGUCGCGUCGUCGGAUCAUAAAGUCUCUUGUCUAGUAUUAUGUGCGAGCGCACAUAAAAUUUACGCGCGUUCAUAAAAUAAAGGCAAUAUAUGAAAGGUGCGAGGAAAUGUAAAAGUUGAGGGCGGUUCAACUUUUACGUUUACACACAUGGCCUCUAUUUAAUUUACGCGUGUAAUAAUCACGCGACAGUUAAGUAAUCAAACCUUCAAACAAUCAAGUCGAACUUCGACUUGAAUAGCCAGAUAAAGUGGUGAUGUGUGCAUGUUGUUUUCUUUGACUUGCACGGCCAUUCAUUUUGGUUUUUUUGACGGCUUAGGGAGAGAUGUUAAGGCGUCAUCACAGGGAAAUUGAAACAGUCGUUGUCUUACAGGAUUUCUGGCCACAUGCAGAAGGUAAGCGUUGAGUUUAGGGUACAGUGGGUAUAGAAGUGUAUUUUUCCUUAACUAAAGGCUUCAUCUAAUUUCGCGUUAUAAUAUCAUUGCUUAAUUAAGCAUAAAGGGUCGUGGUCUUGACUGCAGGGCCUAAAAAGUGAAAAAUUCUGUAUGUUUGAAUUCAAAUAAAAUGUAAAUAUAUUUCAAACCUUAUAUUUUCAAUAGCCGUGAUAAAUUGUUUAACUAAAUUUGGAAAAAUGAGCAUAACGUCGAAACAGUGAACGUUGUGACGUGGAUUUUUGGUCGGUUCGUAGGCUAGAUUCGUCUUAAUCUCAGGGCGUUACAGUGAAUCAAUCUUAAUGAAAGUUUCAGACAUUAUUAUAUACAUCAUGAAGAUCGUUUGAUGAGGUUUAAAAACAAUUCUGUCGAGCCGUUUCAGAGAUAUACAGAGAAGCGCCAAAAGUCAAAAUUCAGAAUAAAGUUACAUGUUGGAUGGAACCUCUCCCCUGAGUUUUUGACAUGUUGCAGUAUUUUGAACCGAUUUUACCUUUAGUGGAAAGCCUUUGAUCUUCUUAACAAGAUGAAGUAUAUUUUGUGGGGUGGGGGGAGUGGCAAGUCCGCCACAUGAAAACGUGUACGUAGGAAAUCAGGAAAUCAUCAUUGAUAAAGCAUUUGCGUUUACCAAUAACUCAUCGUUUUUCAAAAUCUCCGUUUUUGGAUAUAGAAUCAACUCAGUCUGCAAAUAGCCCCAAUCUGAGGUUUUUUUUUUGGAAAAAUGCGUUUUCGGUGACCAUUUUCGCCGGAAACAGGGGAACAAAGUUAUAGAGUAUAUCUGUUUUCAUUUAAAAUGGGAACCUUGUCCACCGGGGCCAAAAAACAAUCCAGUUUGUACCGUUAUGAUGGCAUUCCCUAAUAGUACCGCUACGUGCGCUAUUAUUUAAAAACAAGCGGGGUUUUUCUUUGCCUAAGUCCAGCCGUCUUUUUUAUUGUAUAGAUUUAACUAUGGAGAGAAAAUUUUGGGCAAGAACGUGGCGAAAAGAUGACUCGCGGUCAUUUUAUGGCGAAGACUUUGAACUGAUACCUGGUAAAUUUGCUGAAUACUAUGAGGAAGUACUGUGCGCUCCUGACUAAGACAAAUUCCUCUAAGCUUUCCGUAGACUUUGAAUUACUUUGUUAUUUCAGACUUGAUAUUCACAAAAUACGCAUACAUUCGCCCUUUGGAAAUUUUCAAUAAAAAAUUUCAACCAGCAAUUUUCGCUAAAAUGUAACGGCUUUACGCGUGUGUUGCAAAUGAAUCCAUUCUAAGGUCUGGCUUAAGUGGCAUUCCACUUAAAGAAACAGAAGGGAACUUAUGUUAGUUCCGUGUAAGAUUUUCGAAAACGGUUAUUGUGAGAACUGACUGUAAACUCUGCGAAGAAUAAAGAUGAUCAUUUACAAU